CGUUGCAAAAUUUUAUUGUUAUUUAAAAUUUCAAACUCUCGCCUGACGAUUUACUUAUUAUCGAUCGUCUUCGUGGUAUUAAUGUCGCUUUAUUUCUUCUUACGUACUACAAGAGAUGGCUACACCAUCGCCAUAGCACGUUCAAAAUUCAAACAUAACCUAAUAUCUAUGCAUUGUCGAAUGAUUUAUUCAUGGACACAUAUUUUAGUUUUAGAUUUCAAUCGUAUAUAAAACUAAAUUUAAUAUUGUGAUUUUGUAAUUACGUAAGCCGUUAGCUGAAAUAAACCUCGUUGUGAAAUGCCGCCAAAAUCUGCACUGAAUUCCAACAAAAACAAAAAGAGCGCAUCAGAACCAUGCGUUUCUCAUAGAACAGACGCUGGUAGUGCAAGCACUUUGGAUCCAGAAGCGAAGGACCGUUUCGAAUUGGAAUUAUGCUGGUGCAUACAACAAAUGGAAGCGAGCUUAGCUGGCGGCAAACUUCAGGAGAAGCAAGUGCAGGAACUUAGUAAACAAUUACAUUCGUUGAAGAGUAACACUGCGCCGUUAGUAAAAAAGAGACAAAUAAUGAGAAAUACAUUGGGAGACUAUAGAGAGAAAAUGGCUGAGGACGAGCGAAAGUUUAGCAAAACUGUAUCAGCAGUUAAGUUCACUGAUUCUACCUCACUAGAAAAGAAAUCGAUAUUUAUUAAGAAAGCUGCUGGAUAUAGUACACAGAAUUCUAAUAGACAAACGGAUGAUCAUAGAACAGAAAAUACAUUACAAAGUACGGAGCAGACUGUUUGUAAUAGUAAUAAAACUGAAAGUCCGUUUAAAUUCAAUUUCUAAGCAUAUCAAUAAAAUCAACUGAUAUAUUUAUG